AUGCUGAGAAACACAACAUUUAUUGCAGAUCAACAACGUAUAUUUAAUAUAACAAAAGAAAAUAAUAAUUUUCAGUCACUGAUCAAUUUAUUUCUCAUUAAAAAAAACAAACAUCAAAAUUUUCCUUGCCUUGAUCAGACUAUUCGUCUAUUAGAUUUUGAUUUUUAUAAUGAUCUUCUUCCAACAAUAGCUAAAUGGGCAUCCGAUCACACACAAGCAAAAUCAAUUGAACCACUUCAAGCAGGCAAAACAGCAACGAUUGUGUAUACAGCAGCACAAGCACGUUAUAUUCUUGCCAAUGCUUUUUUUCUUAACACAAUACCAGGAUAUGGCAAUAUAGAUUUAAAUGAAUUAUAUAAUUCAUUAUCGAAUGAUUUAGCUAUCGAAAGAAUACGAUGUUUAAUUGAAUAUUUUCGUCUAUCAUCCCAACAAAAUGAUGAUCGACUAAUUUCAAUUGAACGAUAUUCAUAUGAUCAUGAAUUACCAGAUUGGAGUAAACAAAAUAUUCUAAUCGAAUCAUCAAAAAUAAAUUUAAUUACUAAUCGAAUGGAAGAUGAUAAUGAAGCACAAGGCUUUGUUGAUUUUGCUAAUAAACAUAUUCAUAUACAUAGUAUUAUUCCAUCGGCUACGCAAGAAGAAGUUUUGUUUAGUUGUUGUCCAGAAGCAUUUUUAUCUAUUCUUGUAUGUGACACAUUACAAGAUAAUGAAAUUGUUAUUCUUCGUGGAUGUAAACGAUUCAUUGAUUAUACUGGUUAUGCUGAUACAUUUUGUUACAAAGGUCAUUAUCAUGAACAAAAUCCAACAUAUAUUCAAGAUAUUCUUGUUUUGGAUGCUUGUUACAGUAGUCACUUUACAAGAAAUAAUAUUGAUCGAGAUUUAGGCAAAGCAUGGGCAGCAUUUGAGAAAUCAAAAGAUGAGAUUAUUGUUACAGGAAAAUGGGGAUGUGGUGUAUUUGGUGGAGAUUUAACAUUUAAAUUCUUACAACAAAUAUGUGCAGCUAUGCUACUUGGAAAUCAUUUUAAAAGAUUAGAUUAUUCUGUUCGUAGUAAAGAGAAUUUAGCAUCAAAACUUAAACAUAUAGUGGAAAAAUUGGAACAAGAUAAAAUAACAGUCGCCGAUGUUUAUCAUAUGAUGAUUAAAUAUAGUAAAACUGAGAAAACAGCUGGAUCACUACCAGAAUUUAGUGACUAUUGUGAGAAAUGGCUAAAUUCCUGA